AUUAUUUAAUUAAUGAAUAAUGCUAAUACAAAUUGUCUCGCUCCUCUCACGUUUUUCCCUCUCUUAUUUCUCUAGUCCCACUCAGUAACCACCUCUCCUCUCCUCUCCUACCUCUCUUUCCCUCUCUUUAUCUCUCUAAUUCAAAGUUCUUCGGUCCUCUAGUUCUCCAUUUUUCUCUUGUGCAUUUUGCUCUAUAUUCACUACAAUGGAAGCUCCUCCUGGCUCGGAUGUGUGGGAGCUCAUCUCCAAGGAUCGCCGAUCGCUGAAGCAUGUUUAUGAUAACGUGCAUGGCAACAUCUAUCUUGAACCGCUGUUCAUGAAGUUCGUUGAUACGCCACAAUUUCAGAGGCUUCGUGAUUUAAAGCAGCUUGGUCUGACACACAUGGUAUAUCCUGGUGCUGUACAUUCUCGAUUUGAGCAUUCACUUGGGGUCUACUGGCUUUCAGGGGAAGCUAUUAAUAAAAUUACAGCUUACCAAGGGUUGGAGCUUGAAAUUGAACGCGAUGAUAUAAAGACAGUAAAACUUGCAGGCUUAUUACAUGAUGUCGGGCAUGGUCCUUUCAGCCACUUAUUUGAGCGUGCGGUCAUGUCCAUGGGACCUGGUGGCAAUUUAUGGUGUCAUGAAAACAUGUCUGUAAAAAUGGUAGAGUACAUGGUUGAUGAGAACAACAUUGAUAUUGAUCCUGAAACCUUGAAGAGAGUAAAGGAUAUGAUCACUUGUAGCCCUAAAGAUGUUUUACAAACUAGUCUGAAGCCGAAGUCCUUCCUUUAUGAUAUUGUUGCUAACGGUCGAACUGGAAUAGAUGUUGACAAAUUUGAUUACAUUGUGCGUGACUCUCGUGCCUGUGGUCUAGGCUGCAAUUUUCAUUUUGAAAGGUUGAUGGAAACUAUGCGAGUAAUGGAUGGCCAAAUAUGUUACCGUGCAAAGGAUUAUUUGACCAUCCACAAGUUAUUUGCCACUCGUGCUGAUCUACAUCGAACAGUCUAUACUCAUGCCAAAGUGAAGGCCAUAGAACUCAUGGUUGUAGAUGCUCUCAGAAAAGCUGAUAGUUGUUAUCAAAUUGUGGCACGCGCCUUUCGACCAUCUGAAUUCUGGAAGUUGGAUGACUCGAUUUUGAAAGCAAUUGAAAUAUCUUCUGAACCAGAGCUCAAGGAGGCAAGAGAUUUGGUUACACGCAUUCGGCGUAGAGAUCUGUACAAGUUCUGUAACGAAUUCUCUGUCCCGAAAGAGGAAAUAAACUACUUCAAAGCCAUCACCCCAAAAGAUAUAAUCUGUUCCCAGAAAUCCUGUCACGCUACAUUAAAAGAAGAAGAUGUUGCCGUGAGCAAUGUUAAAAUUGAUUUGACUCGUGGAACAGAUAAUCCUCUACAAAGCAUCAAGUUUUUCAAGGAUUAUGAGAGCUCUGAAACAUUCCACAUCGAAGAUGAUCGCAUCAGUCACUUACUGCCUGCAUUUUAUCAGGAUACGAUAGUUAGAGUUUACUCAAAGAAGCCUGAACUGGUGGAAGCAGUAUCUGCAGCAUUUGAAAAUUUUCAGUUGAAGACUUAUGGGAUGAAAAAACAGGUUCAUGAAACGCCUGAGAAGAAGAAAUGUAGAAGGUAUACAAGGCAGAACAAGACUAGGAGAAUGAUAACGGUCCUUAGUGAACACGUAUUGAGGUAAUGGUGCUCUGUUUCAUUAGGAAUUAGUCAGUGAGCUGUAAAGAGUGAGAAGGUGGUUAUGCUUUGGGAUUGGGUAGGGUGGCAGAGGUAGGCAUUUUGUGUUGGUGAAUUUUGGUGAGAUUCGACUCUAUGGAGAGUUUCAAGUCUCUCAAACACUUGGAGACCUUUUGUACUCAUGCUAAUAGUAAAUAACAUCACAGUCUGCCAUGUUUGCCUAAAUUUCUCU